GGAAGUAAAAAAGCACAUGGCCAGAAAGCAGCAUGUCGUUUCACAGAUCAAAACAAAAACAGCCAAGUUUUAAGAACUUGACCGCUCCAGAUUUUGGUGUACCCAAGGCAGAACAAGUUCCGCUUUUGCAAGAUGUCACCCGACCACAUGUAGAAUCUUUUAAUUACAUGCUACAAGAUGGCUUACGUAAUGCCAUCAAGGACAUUAGACCAAUACAGUUUUCUCUUCCAAAUGAAGAAAGAGUUUCUAUAUCUAUUACAUCUGGUAUUAUACGUUCACCACGAGUUAACCAAACCAAUGUGGCUGUUUCUACACAAAGAGUCUACCCUAAAGAGUGUAGAGAGAGGGGUACAACAUAUAAAGGAGCAUUACAAGUAUCUAUAACUUGUUCUAUUAACAAUAAAAUUAUAGGACAAUUAGAAAAAAUUAUAGGACAAAUUCCUAUCAUGGUGAAGUCAGAUGCCUGUAAUUUAUCACAACUUAAACCCGCAGAGUUAAUCAAACAUGGAGAGGAAAAUGAGGAAAUGGGAGGAUAUUUUAUAGUUAAUGGAAAAGAAAAAGUGAUUAGAAUGUUGAUCAUGCAGAGAAGAAAUUACCCACUAUGUCUGAAAAGAAAUGGAUGGAAAGCACGAGGUCCGUUUUAUACAGAAUAUGGUAUUCAGCUUCGAUCAGUCAGAAACGAUCAGUCAGGAAAUUCUUGUAUUCUACAUUAUCUUUCCAAUGGUACAGCCAUGUUGGAAUUCGGUCACCAGAAAGAUAGAUUUUUUGUACCAGUUGUUUUCAUAUUAAAGGCAUUAGUAGAUGUAUCAGAUAAAUAUAUAUAUGACGAAAUGACCCGAGGUUAUGAAGAGGACACUUAUUUUAAAGGAUGUAUUGUGAAUAUGUUACGAGAAGUAUUAAAAGAGAAGUUAUUAACUCAAGACAGUAUGUUAGAUUUUAUUGGUGAAAAGUUUCGAGUGAAAUUAAAUUUACCCGAAUGGUAUACAAAUAAAGAUAUUGCCAAUUUCUUGUUAGAAAAAUGUAUUUGUAUUCAUCUAGAUUCAAACAUAGAUAAAUUUCAUCUGUUAGUGUAUAUUACUCAAAAGUUGUUUGUUUUUGCAAAGGGAAAAUGUGCGGAAGAAAGUCCAGAUAAUCCAAUGAACCAGGAGGUUUUAUUAAGUGGACAUUUAUUACUUAUCUUCUUAAAGGAGAGAUUAGAAAGUUGGUUAAUAGCAGCUAAAAUAAAUAUAGAUAAAAUGGCUAGACAUCAGGGUAUGGCGUUUACACUUGAUUUCAGGAAAUUUUUAACAGCUAUAAAUAGAGUGAGUGAUAUUACAAAUUCCAUGAAUUAUUUCCUGGCUACAGGUAAUCUACGAUCAGCGUCUGGUUUAAAUCUCAUGCAGCAAGCUGGUUUAAGUGUUGUUGCCGACAAACUGAAUUCUUUCAGAUAUAUUUCACAUUUCCGCUGUGUUCAUCGUGGUGCUUUCUUCACGGAAAUGAGAACCACUACAGUGCGAAAACUUCGACCUGAAGCAUGGGGUUUUUUGUGCCCAGUACAUACACCUGAUGGUACACCAUGUGGUUUGAUGAAUCAUCUUGCAGCCCAGUGUUCAAUAGUAAAUUCUCCCUGUGAUACAAGUAAUAUGACUAAUUUGUUAGCUAAACUUGGAGUUAUUGCCCUUGGAUCAUCAUCGUUAUUUUUAUCUGGACCAGAUUUCUAUAGAGUGAUAUUCGAUGGUAAAAUGAUGGGAUAUAUACAUGAUGAUAAGGUGGAAGAUUUAACUAAUACUCUUAGAAUGUUAAAAGUUACACAACAAGAAAAGGUUCCAUCUGUGUUAGAGAUUUGCUUUGUACCAAAAUCCAAAUAUGCUAGUCAGUUUCCUGGUUUAUAUUUAUUUUCUACCCUUGCUAGAAUGAUUCGUCCAGUAAUAAACUUAGCUCACGACAAGCCAGAGAUGAUCGGAACAUUUGAACAGGUUUAUUUAAACAUCUGUGUCACUUCAGAAGAAGCACAUGAAGGGAUGACAACCCAUGAAGAGAUAUGUGAACACAGUAUGUUAAGUGUGAUUGCCUCCCUUACACCAUAUUCUGAUUUUAACCAAAGUCCUCGAAACAUGUAUCAGUGUCAGAUGGGAAAACAGACACUAGGAACACCAUUACAUUCCUACAGAUAUCGUGCUGAUAAUAAAUUAUAUCGACUACAGACACCCCAAUCACCAAUAGUGCGACCAGUAGCUUAUGAUGAUUAUAAUAUGGAUGAAUAUCCUAUAGGAACUAAUGCUGUGGUAGCUGUUAUAUCCUACACGGGCUACGACAUGGAAGAUGCUAUGGUCAUUAACAAAGGUUCUUUUGAAAGAGGUUUUGGACACGGCACUGUCUAUAAAACUGAGAUUGUAGAUUUACAGACUAUUUGUCAGGAAUCUGGACAAAGCAUAUCUCUUAUUUUUGGCAACAAAGAUAUAGAAAAUAAUGGUUUGGAUAUUGAUGGACUACCAAAUGUUGGUAGAUUUUUGAAAAAAGGUGCUGCUUAUUACAGUUAUAUAAACUUACAGACUGGUGAAAGUAAAGUUGUUAUUUAUAAGAAUGAUGAAUCAGCUUAUGUUGAACAGAUUAAACUGCUAGGGGAUGACAAUGGUAAUACUGAAUUACAGAGGGUAGCAAUUGUACUCCGUAUACCGAGAAAUCCAGUCAUAGGAGAUAAAUUUUCUAGUAGACAUGGUCAGAAAGGUAUUUGUAGUAUGAUGUGGCCGGUAGAAGAUAUGCCAUUUACAGAAACGGGGAUGGCUCCAGAUAUUAUCUUUAAUCCUCAUGGUUUCCCAUCUAGAAUGACAAUAGGUAUGAUGAUAGAAAGUAUGGCAGGAAAAUCUGGAGCAUCACAUGGUUUAUGUCACGAUGCCACGCCCUUCACAUUCUCUGAGGAUAAACCUGCAAUAGAUCAUUUUGGUCAGAUGUUAACAGAAGCUGGAUAUAAUUAUUAUGGUACAGAGUGUCUAUAUUCUGGUAUUGAUGGUAGAGAAUUAGAAGUGGAAAUAUUUAUUGGUAUUGUUUAUUAUCAGCGACUCCGUCACAUGGUGUCCGAUAAAUUCCAGGUACGAUCAACAGGUCCAGUGGAUGUACUGACCCAUCAACCUGUUAAAGGCCGUAAAAAAGCUGGAGGUGUCCGAUUUGGAGAAAUGGAAAGAGAUGCAUUGAUAGCUCAUGGAACUCCUUUUCUGCUUCAUGAUCGACUUUUUAACUGUUCAGACAAAUCAUAUGCAAGAAUGUGCACAGACUGUCACAGUCUACUGUCUCCUGUUUUAGAAAAACCGAAACAAGUUUAUGGAACUGUUUAUAAUAAUCAAAAUAAAUGGACGUGUUCUCUUUGUAAAAAAACAGAAAGUAUUCAAGUUAUUGCCGUACCCUAUGUCUUUCAAGUUUUAGUAGCUGAGAUGGCUUCUAUGGGACUCAAAGUGGUUUUAGAUGUUAAAUGAUCUUCAGUGUAUAUAGGAUUACUUUAAUUUAGUGCUUCAAUGUGAAAUGACCUCUCUGAGCUGUUUGGUAUUUUUCGAGGAAUCCAUGGUGAAUUAAAAUAUCAUGGAUAGAUACAGAAACUCUUUAUGGAAACAGAAAUAAUAAUUUAGUAAAUAUAGCAAAUAUGUACUAAAGCCAUAUCAUUUGUUUUCUUUGGGAACAUCUAUUAAAAAAUUUGCUACAGUGUUUUGUGUAGAAAGGAUUACUUUAAUUUAGUUGUGUAAUGUGAAAUGAUUUCUGAGUAUUUUCCGACAAAUGCAUGGUGAUUUAAAAUUGCAUAGAUUACUACAAAAAAUUGUUACAGAAACAGAAAUCAUAAUUUAUUAAAUCAUAACAAAAAUAAUCUAAGGACAUAUCAUAUUUGUUCAUUGCAAAUAUUUAUUGGAUUAAUUGCUUCACGAUUUCUUUAGGGGCAAAAAAAGCUUUAAAAUUUUACGCAAAACAUCAUUCACCAGACUCCAGUGGCUAUUUAUGAAUACACUAAUAAUAAACCUAACCACAUGAAUAUUUCGGCAGUUAGAAUUCGAUAUAAGAUCAGACUGUAGCGCCGCUGUCCGGGCAAAAUUUACCUCAUAGCAUACUGUAUAGCGUAUGUCCAUCUUCAUUAGUCCAGUCGGAACAGAACAGUAGGACGUUAAACCCAAUUUCAUUUUAUAUUCAUUUCACUGCAACAACAGAACUAGUAAUUGUCUACAGGAAACCCUCAAAUCACUCAAACAAUCACCUUUUAUCAGUUCGGGGGACUUGAACAAUCUGGUCGCAUUGAUGAUGUCACUAACACAUUAUUAAGUAAAGGAGCUGAUAAAUAUUGAACAGUUGCUCCUAGAAAUUUUCAAAAACUUGAUUCAGGUAAAUUGUUUCCAUGGCAUUUAGUAAUUGGAAUAUACAGAUCACAAUUCUAUGAGCUUGAUAAAGUCCAGUCGAAAGUCAUUCAGUAAUAAGCAGUAGUUGUAUUCCAUAGAAUAUAUUGAUUCAAGUAGCAGUCAUAAUAAUCUAUUUGUGGACCGUUUCCUUGAAUAAAUUUAUUUGUAAUUAGUAACAUUAUAAUUUGAAUAAAUAUAGAAAUUUUCUCGAUUCAUUUAUGUUUAUGUAAAUAAAAGAUAAAAUAACUACUAUC